CAACUUUCUUCUCGAGAAGCGAACGGAAAAAGAGACAAUCGAUGAACCAGAAUUAUUGCAUGAAAGGUUUGAUACUUUCUUCUUACUCUUUCCCAUCAUCUUGAUAAACAGACAACAUCCAAAAUGGCACAACAACCAAUCGGCCUUUUCGGCUUAAAAGUUUUGCCUGGAGAGGAAACUCAAUUGGAUUCAAUGGAAGAUGUUCGGAUCACAAAUAUCUCAUUCGGAGAAGUUGUUAAAGGAUCAGGUAGAACAAUCGUUCGUGUUCAUCAUAGACCCGUUCCAGCUUUUGAUGAAGAUAGCGAAGAUGAAGAUGAAUUUGAUGAAUUCUCUGAAGGUGAUGAAGAAGAGGAUGACGAUGAAGAGGAAGAUGAUGAAGACGUUAACGAGAAGGUUAAUGGAGCCAAAGCAGCCCUCGAAGGAUUAGAAGCAGACGAUGAAGAAGAUGACGAGGACGAGGAAGAAGAGGAAGAAGAAGAAACUUUCAUCCUUUGCAGUCUUUACCCUGGAAAACAAGAACAAGUCACAGUCGAUUUGCAUUUUAGUGUCGAUGAUGACGUUCGCUUCUCCAUCAGCGGUGAUAACGCAGUUGAGAUCCUGGGCAACUACUUGUCUCCUGGUAGAUUCGACGACGACCCUGAUUCAGACGAACUUAUCGACAGUGAGGAUGAUGAAGAGAUCGAUAGCGAUGAACUUGAAAUGCUAGAAGGCGAAUCGGACGAUGAUGAAGAAUUGGAAGAAGGAGGCGAUAUCGAGCUCGAAUUAGACUCUGACGACGAAGAUGAUAUGGAAGAAGAUCGUCUUGAAGUUGUCGAUGAAGAUGUUCCCGCAAAAGCCGUCUCAAAAACCAACGGAAAGAAACGUACAGCCGAACAAGCAGAAGUUAGCAUGGACGAAGAUGCUACUGCUCCCGUUACAGAUGCUGAAUUGGCUGUUAUCGCAAAAGAGAUGGGAUUAGACAUUUCCAAAUUGACAAAGAAUCAACGCAAAAAGCUUAAUAAACGUUUACGUGCAGAUGAUAGCGCAGCUGAAACAAGCACUGCUUCUAUCGCACAAGAAAAAGCCGCCGUUGUGACAAAAGAAGCCGGCAAGCCUGCCAAAGUUGCAGCCAAGGAAACCGUCAAAAAAGACGGCAAACCAGCAGCCAAGAAAACCACAUUACCAUCUGGCGUAAUCAUUGAAGAUGUCAAGAUUGGUUCAGGUCCUCAAGCCAAAGCAGGUAACCGUUUGGGCAUGCGUUACGUUGGUAGAUUGCAAAAUGGAAAACAAUUUGACGCAAACACAAAAGGAAAACCGUUCACCUUUAAAUUGGGAAAAGGUGAAGUGAUCGGUGGAUGGGAUCAAGGUUUACGUGGAAUGCAAGUUGGCGGUGAACGUAGAUUGAUCAUUCCACCAAAGCAAGCUUAUGGCGCUCGUGGUGCUCCACCAGACAUUCCAGGCAAUUCUACCUUGGUCUUUGAUGUCAAAUUGGUAGAGAUCAAGUAAGACAGCUCACACAACUUUAAGUUAUCCUGCAUUAGUGUUUUGUACAUUCUACAUUAUUAAAAGUAUAUCUGAAAAUCUAUGAUGCUGC